AUGACCCCCCUGAACGCCUUCGAAAGGAGCGUCGACAAAGUAACAGGGCACUUCCUAAACGACAGAGACCUCUUCAUAGAGGUAGACAAGAAACAAAAAAUAAUAGAAGAAAUAGAAAAAAUGAAUCACCUCCAGUAUGAGCAGAUUCAUAAAUACAUCCAGACGUUAAGCGAAAAUGAUGUAUAUGAAGAAAUUAUAAACCACAAAAUUUAUCUCUACAAGAAGGGGAACGAAAUAGAGAAGCUCCAAAAGUUGGUGAAGAUGCAGGCGUUUUUGAACCCGUUUAUUAUAAGCCAGCGGAAGAAGAAGGCCAAGGCGAAAGUUGAGUAUAUGAUUGCUUGCAUCCUCAAGGGGGAGGAUAUUGACCAGAUAGUCACGGACAUGUUUAGGAAGAAGCUCAUCGACGUCUACGUGCUCACCUUCAUCGACGACAAGGUGAUGGAGGCGCACGCCAAGUUGUUCCGGGGGGGGAGCGGCGAGGUUAGCGGGGAAAGCGAUGUCCGCGGCGAUAGUGGGGGCAGCGGCAAUGGCGAGGUUCGCGGCGAUAGUGGGGGCAGCGGCAAUGGCGAGGUCCGCGGCGAUAGUGGGGGCAGCGGCAAUGGCGAGGUCCGCGGCGGAACGGACCAAAUGAGCAUGACGGAGAGAAUCCUGAGGAUGCUGAAGGACCGCAUCGUGGCGCAGCAGAAGCUGCAGGUGAAAGGCACCUUCGUCUUCACCAGGAUAGUUUUCCUCUCGACCACCCUACCCAUGACCGAAGAUAGGCAACCCAUAAUCAAGUCCUCCAUUCGAACCAUAGAACAGCUGGAAGAAUUUGAGCUCUUCCUGCUGGACGCACUAGACUAUGCAGAGACAAGCGAAAAAAUGAAGCAGUACGUCCCUCACCUGGAGCUGCUACUAACAACGUGUAAGCAGAUGAAUCCCAUUUUUAACCAGCUCCUGAACAAGCAAACAGAAAACGUCCGCUUCUUCCCAGACAAGAUUGACAUGUCUCAGUUUAAGGAACUGUAGUGAGAGUCCUCCCCCCUUGUAGGAAGAGUGAUAUGGCUGAGUUGUGCCUCCCCUGUGUGCCCUUUCCAGGGGGCACAGAUAGAGCCGUCGCAGUAUGUGCUAUCCCGACAAGGUAGUAAAACCACCACGCGUAUUUCGCAUAUAAUGAUAUAGUUUUCACAACCAUAUGUGGUGACGAAGGGGGUUCCCUUCAAAAAGGGGAAUUACAUGCUGGUGGUAACCCUCAGUGCCGCUUUGCAAACGCUCGGUUGGGUUGACCCACCUGUGUGUGCGGGGCAAAUUCGUGGGUCGUUUUUCCUUCAAGAAACGCAAAUGGGCAGAUCUCAUUCGUUGUUGUGCCUUCAAUUUGAUGCGGCUUUCUCCGCUAUCGCUUCACACGGUUGGACCCGCACACACACAUAAACUUAUACAUAUGGUUAUGUUCAUUUUUUAGUCCUUUUCGCUUGCGCUAUGUUGGCCAUCCCGCUGUGCAGGCAGCGGCCCAUUCGCAGUUGCGCUUCUUUUUUUUUUUUUUUUUUCCCGUUUGCUCCUUUUAAACAGAAUGUUGCAGUUAUAAGGAGAAGA